AUGAUCGUUGUCUCGCUUCUAGCUGCAAGAGUGCAGAAGUUGCCCCGCCUAUUGGCAGGGCGCGAAAAAGCCAUCCAAGUCAACAAGGGGCCAAACGCUAACUUCGGCCUGCAGGCACCCACUCCCGGCUUUGGCUUUGAGUGGAAACGCGCAAGAGAAACGGAAUUGGAAACACAAAGAAACGAGCCUGAACUUGAGAAACUGGAGCGUUUCGACCGAUUCACGGCAAGCCACUGUGAUCGAAUAAAAACAUUAUUAUUCUUGUGUGCGGUUGUAUCUUGGUUGAACCUUCACUACUUGCUCGAUGAUAAGUAUCGGAACAAAAUGCGCGCAUCAACCGUAAGUUUGGCGAAGCACUUUGGUGGACUGGGCAAGAUGUAUGGCGAACAUCGUUUUGCACUGGCACCAAACGAGCAGAAAGCUUUCAAAGGCUUCCUCGACCAAGCUUUCGUUAGAGUAAGUCUGUAUUCCCUCAGAUUUUGUGCAUUGUAUAAACCUAAUUCAAUUUCAUCUUAUCACUUUUCGCUUAUGCUGCCGACACAUAUCUGACG